AUGGAUACCGAGACUACGAAACGUAUUAUCGGGUAUUAUGAAGAUCUCUGGUACCAAAAAUCAGGAGUUUUUAAACCUAAACUACUGAGACUUCUUCCCUAUCCUUUACAAAUGGAAAUCUGCUACGACUUAAAUGCCGUUCCGCUCUAUAGCUCCCUGAUAUUUAGGAAACUACCGGAAGCAUUCCUUAGGAGGCUAUCUUUAGACAUGAGUCACCAGUUUUAUUUACCAGGGGACGUUGUAUACAGCCAUAACCAGAACAAGACUAUUAUGAAAACUCGUGGUUCAGUACAGCACUGGUUUGGGAUAGCCAACAACGAAACGCCAGAAUAUCAAGCUGCUAGAGACAUAAUUUUGCCACCCGGCGAAAUCGUAUUUUAUGGAGGGACGGUGACAAGAGAGUUGUACAUAAUAGAGAGCGGUUAUUGCUUAGUGACAUCUAAUAAACUGAGAGAGAACAACACUGAGCGCGUGAUAGGCCCAGGCAGUCACGUGGGGUUACUGGUACUAUUAUACGGAGUCCCCACUCUCAGCACCGUCGUUACAUUGACUCACUGUAAGCUCGUUAGUGUGAGCCAUUAUGCUUACACAUCGGCUUUAAGUCUCUUCCCAGCCAUGAAAGAGCAUGAAGAUCUAUUAACACCAGAAGAGCUACAAAAUAUAGAAGAGCAGGCUAAAACGCAAACCACGGACUCCUACUUACAACAUUACAACAGACUGACAAUGCAAAAACGGAAAGUGAAAAUUGCUAGUCUACUACAAGAAUUUUUCAACAGAUCUUGGAUAGACGGAAUAAUAAUUAUAAAAGGACACCACUUGUCGCCACCUAAAAUUCUCUUACUUGCUUAUUACUGGACAGCAACAACGUUUGGAGGAGCUGGUUUCGGAGAUAUCACUCCUCAGAACAUUAAGCAUAUGAUAUUGUGCAUUUGCGUAAACAUACAUGGUGUACUCUUUUUUGGAUGGUUUCGUAGCAGCGUUAUUCCAGACAGCGGAUUGGUCACAUUCAUGGAAUAUUUCAUUCUCUUUGUAUCGUACGUGGACUUUAUGUUGCUGGUAUACCAAAUGGCGUUCCUGUCAGUGCCAUAUUUCUUCUACGUUUGCGUCAUAUUCGACAUCCUGUUUCUAUUAAAAGUUUUUCUGGACAUCCAUUCUGGUUAUAUGAAUAGAUACGGAGAUUAUGUUCUGAAUCCGAAGAAAGUUAGAAAAGUGACAAUUGCUAUCUGGGCAUCGAUACUAUCUCACGUUAAUGCUUGCCUGUUCUUCAAGCUAUCUUGUUUAACUCCUGUACAUUGCACAUCCGCUAACUGGAUGUCGAAGGAAGCUCUCAAUUUGCGAGCCAAAUAUUCGGAGGGUAAUUUCUUUGCUUUAUACGUGGCAGCGUUGUGGUAUAUAAUAAACUUGCUAACAAUAACAGGCACGGGAGAUGUCUCAGCACAAAAUAGUUUUGAAGUCAUAGAAACUACUAUUGUGUGCAUCAUUAUCAAGUUUUGUACAGGGCUUCUAAUAUCAGAAAUGUCAGCCAUGAUCACAGCUCAUUCGUCAUCACGCAUAGCGUAUGACUACGAUAUAAAUGAACUAAGAGAUGGUCUACGAGAUAUGGAUCUAAGUGUACACCAAAUGAGCAAAAUGUGGGACUACGUACGUGAGCUAUGGAACAGACAACAAGGAAAACAGAUGCCAGCCCUAGUCUACAAACUACCAUUCCGCCUCCGUUGUCAAGUAAUGCAAGCGGUCUACGGAUCUCACAUCCGAGAAUCAGUCAUAUUCAGCAAAACCGAUGAUGAUUUUAGUCGCAUGCUUGUUAUGUGGAUGAAACAUUGUGUUUUCUUUCCUGGCAACUAUAUCGUGCAGUGCGGUGACUCAGAUCAAUGCAUCUACUUCAUACAUAGAGGACAGGUCGAAGUGCUCACAGUGCACCCGAACUUGACCGAGUCAAUUUAUGAUGUUUUGGGACCAGAAGACAGUUUUGGGAUCGCUCAGGGUCUAUUUGUGGGAGUCGUCCACCAUUUUUCCUUCAGAGCUCGUACAGUCGUUGACAUCGUGUAUUUGAAGUUGGACCAAUGGAAGUAUCUCCUCGAUUACUAUCCAAAAUCAGCCAAAAUAGUUAAGCAGAAGGUCCAUAAUGUAUAUUUAGCUAUUUAG